UCAAUAAUAACAAGAAAACGAAAGAAUUGUUAAAAGCAGCAAGAAAAUUUAACUAAAAUAUAAAAGUGCUAUAAUUAUAAUGUGUAUAUGUGUGUGCAAGUGCUAAGUUGGAUAAAUAAUGCCCUACAAUAUACGUGCCGGUGGUAGCAACGCCAUGGUGCGUGAGUACGCUGGUGGUAGUAUCAGUGGCAUUUUGCGAAAACCCGGAGGCAGCGGAGGCGCUGCAAUGGCAGCGUCAGCUGCUGGCGUGGGUGGCGCUGUCUACAAUGCAGCGGGCAUGGUCACAGAUGGACGUCACCCAGCGUUAGAACUUCUUGUGUUUGGCUAUGCGUGCAAAGUAUUCCGAGAUGAUGAAAAGGCGCGCGAUAUGGAUCAAGGGAAGCAGCUGAUACCCUGGAUGGGCGAUGUAAAUCUCAAAAUAGACAGAUAUGAUGUACGCGGAGCAUUAUGCGAGCUGGGCUCCUACGAAGCACCACCUGGUGGCUACGGAAAUCGCCUGGAAUAUCUGAGCAGCGACGAACAGCGCGCCGAACAAUUGUGCGAGGAGGAGCGCUAUCUAUUCCUAUACCGUAAUGAGGAAGAGCUACGCCUGCAGCAAGAGGAGGAUCUGAAGCGUCUGCAUCAGGAAAUAUCAGGCGGCAGCUACAGUCAAGUUGAAUUACAAUACGAUGCUCAGGGUCAGCUCAUCUCCGCUGGCACUGAGAGCACUCCAACAACUUCCACAGCUGUCAGCUCAGUUGCCACAGCGGAGGAAAGUGAAUUGCCCUAUAAAAUGCCACAGAAUCUGCUCAUAGCGCCAGCUGCAGAUAUCAAAUUGCCAGAGACAAUGAAGCAACAUGCCAUUAUUGAAAAGACGGCACGUUUUAUUGCCACGCAGGGCGCACAAAUGGAAAUAUUAAUCAAGGCCAAGCAGGCAGCCAAUGCGCAAUUUGAUUUCCUCUCCCAAGGCGGCGAGCUGCAGCCAUAUUAUCGUCAUAUAUUGUCGGCGAUUAAGCAGAACAAGUACGCAGCUAGCAUACCGCCCAGCCAGCCAUCGCCAGAGAAUGCAGCGGCAACUCCAAAAAGUCCAAAGCAGCAAAUUAUCACGGUGCCCACCAUUAAGUAUAAGCCAUCGGCGAAUUGCGCCUACACGCAGCUGAUAAGCAAGAUUAAGGGCGUGCCGCUGCAGUCGGUGCUGGAUGAUGAUGCGCACUCGCAGCAUUCCGCUGGCAGCGCUGCUUCACCCACGCCCAGCUGCAAGUCCGAGGGUCAAAGCCAAAGCAGUGGUGACUUCAAGCCCGUGCUCCUGCAAUACACUGGCAGCAUUUUUACACAUGAGUCAGAGGCAGCGCAGGACAAUGCCAACGAUGGGCCGCCGCAGGUGAAGCUGCUUAAAAAUACCAGCGCUUUGGCCUUGGCGCAAGACUACAGCUCCGGCAGCGACGAGGAGGAUGAGAAUGAGCAUGAGGAGCAGGCAAAGCCACAGCAGCCACAGCCGCCGCCACAAAAGUCCAGCACAAAUAUUAGUUCGCAGCCUGUGGCAGAUGUGCCGCCGCCAGCGCUGCUCAAUUUUCCGCUGCCCGAGGACAGUCUGCGUCACAUUAUUGACAAGACAGCCACGUAUGUGAUUAAGAACGGUCGUCAGUUUGAGGAGACGCUGCGCACCAAGAGCGUCGAGCGCUUCAAUUUUCUGCUGCCCGAGCACAAGUUCUAUGCAUACUAUAUGUACAAAAUAACCGGCGAUGUGGAUGCCGCCUCCAAGGAGGAGAAAACACGCAAAGCCGCAGCCGUAGCAGCGGCGCUUAUUAGCAAAAAGGGUCUCGGUGUGGCGUCCACCAAAGAUAAGACUGCAGUUCCUGUUUGCUUUUCCAUACGGCCACGCGAUGAGAGCACUACGCUGACGCCCGCACUGCCGCAGGACGUUAGCGAUGAGGAGGAGCAGCAGCAGCCAAAGCCAAAGCCCACAUGCAAAACGGAGAUACAAAAAGCUGGCAUGCCCGACAGCGUGCAGCGCGCUAUUAAACAAGUGGAGACACAGCUGCUGGCCAGGACUGGCAAUCAAAAGGCAGCCACAGCACGCAGUCAAAAGUCCCCAACAGGCAGUCAAAAGUCUGCAACAGUCACAACAUUAACGUCGCCGCUCAAGGAGCAGCGUCAAGCUGAGGAUAAAGUCAAGGAUAAGCUGGCGCAGAUAGCGCGUGACAAGCUAAAUGGCAUGAUAUCGCGAGAGAAGCAAUUGCAGCUGGAACGCAAACGCAAAGCGCUGGCCUUUCUCAACCAGAUCAAAGUAGAAGGUCCUAGCGCCCUGGCAGCUGACACUGCCACAGAGGCAACAGCUGCAAGCAAAGCGCCGGAUGCUGAAGCGGCAAGUGACUGCGAGUCGAAUGAUUCUGUGCGUUCCAUACCCAUAACCUACUUUGGCCCCGAUGACGAUGAUGAGGAUGAGGCAGAAGCACAAACCAAACCACAGCAGCAAAGCAAGCGCAAGGAGGACGAUGAAGACGAGGCUGGGGAUUUGGAAAAAUAUAAUCUGCUAAAUGACGAUAGCACCAAUACCUACAAAAGCAAACAGAUCACAGCACAAAUGCUGCUCUCCGAGGAGGACAACGUGCAGACGGCAUCCGCUGCUGCUGCCAAAAAACUGUCGUCCAAUCGUAGUCGCAGUCACCGUAGCAGUAGAAGCCGCUCCAAAGCGUUAAACGCAUCGGUCAGCCGGAGCAGCAGUGAGAGCGGUCGCCGCAGUCGCAGUCGUGAUCGCCAGCGUCUGCAGCAGAAGCGUAAGGCCAGCGUCAUGAGCCAACCUCGUCGUCGUAGCCGCAGUCCCUCGCCUAGUCGCCAUCACCAUCAGCGCCAGCGUCAUGCUCGCGAUGCGGAGGAGUCCUCAUUGCGUCGAAAAUACCAAGAACGGCAUAUGGAAAAGAGAGAUCACAAUCGCCACAAGCGGCGACGUCGCAGCAGCGAAGCUUCCGGCUCCCAGUGAGACAAUUUAACUUAAGAAUAUUAGCUCCUAAGCUGAUUGUAAAUUUUUCUCGUAGACUUGGAAUUUUUUUGUAAAUGUUGUGUCGAAUUUUAAUUGCGUAUUGCAGAAUUCAUAAUCAAUAAAAGUGUUAAGACUAA